CCUGCCAAAAUGCUUAUAAGAACACUCAAUUCGUUGGUUGGAUAGAGCGUAAAAAACUGUAUUUAGAGCACUGCUUUUUGAAGUAAAAAAACAAUUACUCUUGGCUAGAAAUGAAUUAUAAGGAAUUUUCGUGAUGGAAUCACCUUCACCAAUGGAUUACAUUUACAAACGUAAAUAAAUUUCUGAAGAAACGCAGAAUGAUAGAUCCCUUAUCAUCAUUGUACAGAGCUUUGAAAGCAUUAUUAAUUGAUGUGAGAGCUUUCGAAAAGGACAUUUUUAUAUAUAUGAAAAACUCGAAAAUAAGAAAUCAUAAUAAAUAUUGAUUUUUAUCUUUUGCACGACACAUCGCUUUCCUAGUGCUUUUUCUUCCAAGAAUUAGCAUAAGUAUGUAAAGAAAUAUGCAUUUCUAUAUGUUGUCGGCAUCGUUCUACACAAUGGUCAUAUUGGUUUUGGCAGAUUGAGUUGGUCAACUUCGCCCACCAAGGUAUACCGUUACGUGGACAGGCCGAUAAUCAACUUUAGGUUUGUGAUGUUCUAUCUUUGGUUAUCUCAUAGUAUUACGUUAUUUGGAAUAAUUCCCUAGAUGUUGCUGCAUUUUUUCCCGGCAUCCGUUUUAUGUUUCGUUCUCUGUGUAUUCCCAUGGAGAAUUCUAUAUGUUCCUAUGUUUGUACUAUGUUUUCUAGGUCUUUUUAAUCACUUUCACUUUGUUUUGAUGAUAUCGAUCUCUUUUUUUUUUCACGUAUUUGAUUGACACUUCAACCUAUAAAUACACUCGUUUCAGUGUAAGGAAAGUAUACUAUAACCAACACGAUUUUCUACAUCGUAUAACAAAAUAUCAAACACACUCACUCUCGAAGAGCAAUUCCGUGGACUUGUUCUUUCUAUGAAGGAAAUGAAUAUCAUGUGGAUGGCAGCCGAUAUUGCUGAUGAAAUACAAUCUUAUGAAAAUCCACCUUCAUUACGUCGUGAUGCAUUAAGGAGAGAAAUAAGUCGAAUAUUACAACGAGCAAGAAUCAAGGAUAGAUCAAGAUGUGAUGCACCACUAACUGUUCGAACAGAACAAUUGAAGAAAGCAAUAAAACGGUUAAUUUACUUAAAAAACGGACAAAGUGAAAGAAAAGUGAUAUUUGAAUUACAACGAAAUAACAUUGAAGGUUUUCACAAUAGCAAAAAUGAUGUAAUUUAUGCUGAAGAUCCAUCUGAAAUUCCUGUUGAUUUAAGAGAAGCAUCAAUAGUAAAAUAUCCAACUGGUGUUAUGUUUUGGAAUGCGAUUACCACGAAAGGCUUGAUACCUCAAGAUGGUCCUAUCAAUUUUACUCAAUGGUCACGAGCUCAAUGUCCACUUGAUAAACGUAAAAGAAUGUACAUGACUAGUGAUUUAUAUGCUAAAUUUUUACGUGAAGAAGCUAUUCCUAUAAUUAAUGAAGUGGUGGAAAAUCUGAACGUCAUAUUCCAAGAUGAUCAAGAUUCAAAACAUCGAACGAAAAUAGCUAUGGAUGCUGUAAAUGAUUUCUUUGAAGAAAGAAUAGAACCAAAUGAUGGGGAUGCUAAAUUUGCAGAUACUGAAAGACUAGGGUCUAGAAACGGAAAUUCACCUGUGUCUGUCUGUCUGUCUGUAACACUUGGUACAAAUGACCAUUUUUGUGGUACAAAGUACCAUAGUCGUGGUACAAGUGACCGUUUUCGUGGUACAAACUGCCAUAGUCGUGGUACAAGUGACCCUUUUCGUGGUACAAAUGACCAUUUUCAUGGUACAAAGUACCAUAGUGAUGGUACAAGUGACCAUUUUCGCGGUACAAAGUACCAUAGUCGUGGUACUAGUGACCGUUUUCGUGGUACAAAGUACCAUAAGCAUGGUACAAGUGAUCGUUUUCGUGGUACAAAAUACCAUAGAACAGGUUAA